UUUCAUGAGUACAGAUUUGAUUGGACUCCCAGUAAUGUGAAAUUUUAUAUCGACGGGGUUAAGCUCUAUACUAUGACAACAAACAUACCAGAUGCUCCUGGCCGUGUUAUACUUAAUCACUGGUCAGAUGGAAAUCCAAACUUUAGUGAAGGACCACCCGCCCAGAAGGCUAUCCUGGAAGUGGCAAAUAUGACAGUGUUUUUUAACACAUCCGAUACAAAAGAGUCA